GGCCACUGCUACCAUCACGUCGCAGAUCCCUUUUUUUCUUGGCAACUUCUAUGAUAAUUUUUUCAUCAAAAGCAUAUAAUAUUCUGCGGCUUAUUCCAUGUGUCAGGGCUACAGUUACAGAUAAAACGGUUGAUCCAUUUCUGUGUUUGGUUGAAGAUUGCAAAUUACAGACCAUUGAUUCUGGAUCUAGCCAUCAUAAAACCGUUUAUGGAUCUAAAGAAGAUAAUAAUACUGCUCUGAGAUUUUUUUCAGAAAUACAAAUCACUGAGGACCAGAAGUUAGAAUCCUUAGCUUCUGUCGUUGUGGAGAGUUUGGAUACCUUAUCAGAUUCUGAGCAGUCCACCAUAAGGGAGCAGUUGCUCAAUGAAUUUCUACCUGAUGAUGUGUGUCCUCAAGGAGCCCAGUCAUUCAUGGAUGCUCCCCAAAAACUAUAUCAGUCUGAUUCAAAUAACCGUAAAUCUCCAGAUGAGGCUGCCCCAAUUUUUGCAAUAGAUGAUGAUGCUCUAACAGAUUCGUUCGAAAGUCAAGCUAAACACAAUCCACAGUUGGACUUUGAAAUCCCCAACCUGUUGAGUGUCAAUCAACUUCUAGAAUCAGUUUUGGAGACAGCACAUCAAGUUGGGCGAAUCUCUGUGAGCACUGCACCUGACGUGUCAUACAAGGAAAUGGCCCAUCAUUGUGAGGCACUUCUACUAGGAAAGCACCAGAUGAUGUCCCACUUGAUGGUCAUGCAGCAUGGACAAGAGAACUUGUUGAGCAGAACUUCUCAAAGUGUUGAUGUGGACAAGCAGAUGGCUUCUUAUGCCCGUGUUGAUGGAGGUUUCCAAGUGGUUGGCAAUCCUUUCCUGGAUCCGGAGGCAGUAGCAAUUUCAAAAAAAUCAUCUGGUGUUAGUGUUCCAAUGCUGUGUGCAAGUGCGUAUCAACAUCAUCCUCACUCCUUCCUGUUACCAGCAUCAAGCCCUUACGAUAACUUUUUAAAAGCUGCUGGAUGUUGA